GGUAGCCUUUUUACCUUUUAAGUUUCUUGGGCAAAAAAACUGAUUCAAUCCUUACUACACACCACAAGACUGAAGCAAAGGCAAAAUAUGUACCGAUCCGCAAGCUGGAGCCGUGUUACUGAGGAUUACUCAGUACCUUGGUCUGCGCCAAAGGGAUUAUGGAAAGGCCUAGACGAAGACGAGCCGACUACAUACGAUCCUAUGAGCCAGGAAGUGACAAAGAAAGAGAAGUCACGUGCUAAAUUUGCUGAAAACGCUGUUCACAUAAUCCCCUUUGUCCUUCUCGCUUGUGCUCUCAUCCUUUGGUUUUUCUCUAAUCCAAAUGUGGAUGUUGGGGUAAAAGAGGAAUCCAUUGCGGCUAGGAUCAAAGGAUUAACCAUUGAAGGAGACAUUGACAAUGACAGCGACGGAACACAGACCGGAUUCUUAGGCACCGCCACAGAAGUGGAAGGUUCAUAUAAGUCGAAGCUAAAACGCGACGUUAAUAAGCGUCAUCGGAGGAUACAAACUUCAAGGAAAGUGGUGAAAGGAUUUCAUUAGUAUUUUUUUGGGGUAAAAAGGAGUUCCCUACAUUAGUUAACAACUUAUAUCGAUUUUUAUUUCCUAUUUUCCCGCAUUUUGAUUGAGAUGUGUUACUUUGGUUACGUUUUGCUUUAUAUUUUCUCAAAUAAUAUCCACCAGAACUACA